GCAAAAAAGAGCGUCUGUUGUACUGCACACUCCAGAUCAUGCCCGUUACAUUAUGGUUUGUUUAAAGCAUUAUAUAACAUUUAUGAAGAGGAUCAAACACUUCCAUCGAAGGAUUUACACACUCCGAAGUUUGGAACAAGGGAGCCAAGGAAAAACAUGGCCGAAGGAGGUGUGGGGACUGGUCGAGGUAAUCAUCGGACGUCUCCCAAGUCGGUGGAAGGAACUGACCCCUUGCCCAUGUAUGGCACAGGCCACUGUAAGUGGUUUAAUGUACGAAUGGGCUUUGGAUUCAUAUCGAUGACUAGUCGCGGAGGAAAUCCUAUUGAUCCUCCAUUGGAUGUGUUUGUUCACCAAAGUAAACUGCACAUGGAGGGCUUUCGGAGUCUGAAGGAGGGCGAGACUGUGGAGUUCACCUUCAAGAAGUCCUCCAAGGGUCUGGAGUGUGUGUGGGUGACAGGCCCUGGAGGAGCCCACUGCGUUGGCAGCGAGAGGAGACCCAAAGGGAAAAGCAUACAGCAGAAACGAAAGCAAAAGGGUGACCGGUGUUAUAAUUGUGGUGGCCUGGACCAUCAUGCCAAAGAGUGUGUCCUCCCUCCUCAGCCCAAGAAGUGCCACUACUGCCAGAGCGCCAGCCACAUGGUGGCACACUGUCCGCACAAAGCACCCUCAGCCCCUCAGGGAAGACACUGCAUCGAGCCUCCUGCCUCGAGCUCAGGCCAAGUCCCACCCCCUCGCAGCUCAGACGUAGGCCAAAGAGCCUCCUACUCAUCUCAGGACUCCUCCAUACUCCACAAACCCUCUAGCUCCUCUGAGGAGCUCACAUCAAAAGAUGCCUCAUCACAGAGGAAGAAGAGGAAAAAAUGAGUCACUGUAUCAGUGCGCCAGUCUCUCAGGCCAUCCCACUUUCUCCAGGUCUCUGCCACAGGCACUCUGCUGCUCCGGCUCUGCAUCACACUCGUAGGUAAGCCCCAGGCUAAUGUACUGGACCCAUCAAAGCCUCAUGUAGAGGAGAGAACACUUGCUGCUGACUUUAUUCAUAAUCAACCAAACUGUGAACAGGAUUGGAGACCCAAAAGUGGUUUUCCACAGGAGACUGAUACCUCAUGCACAGCAUACAUCUACCUAGGAUGCAUUUUAUUUCCUUCUUUUAAAUAGCUCUUUAUUCUGAAUUAUGUUUUCUAACAUUUAUGUAGACACACUGAAUAGCCUUGGGCCAAAGAGAUUUGUGUUGUUGUUGUUGUUGUUGUUGUUGUUGCUGCAUAUUUUCAAGGUUUAAAGUUUUGCUCCAUAAACUGUAUGCAUGUCACUGAGUUUGACAUCCGCAGCCUUAUACAGUUCCUUCUCUUGUGGUUUUAGAACAAUAGUCGGAAAUCAAAUAGUGCCUAAACAACUUUUGUGUGGGAAUGUGAGGAUGUCAAAGAUAACAGUCAUGAGUCCAAACUUCAGACUUAUACAGAGAUUCAUUAUUGUGUUUUUGUUUACAGUUUUACAAGUAGGUUCUACAAUUUAACCAUCAUAGUAUUGAUCUACUUAAUAGAAAUACUUUUUUAAAAGUAUUGUAUCAAGUGUGUAGUUACACUAAAUCUAAUCUAGACUAGAUGUGCUGUGUUUCUUCUAUUUUUCAUCAUGACAUUUAAUUAUUGGUGGAACAAAGCCUUAUCCAGGCAUUAAACUAGUUCUUUUGCACUGAAGUGCAUGAAUAUAUUAUGGUGUGCCAGCACAAUAUUAGAUUAUUUUAUCAGAUGUGCUGACAAAUCAAGUCAAGCUACAGCGCCAAGCAAAGUCAGGAUGGGAAUAAGGUGUGAGAACAUUAACUAUCCUGUGCAGUCAGUAGGUAAACAUGAAGGAGCAAGGCUGGGCAAGCUUUUCAGUUUGAUCUAUUGUAAUCAAUGGCUCUGAUUACUUUUGAGAAAUCUUAAAUGUAGAGUAUUGGCUAAUAAGUACAUGGCAAUAACAGUAAUAGGUGUUUAUGUGAAAUUAUUAUUUUUUUGAUCAUUUAUUUAAUUAAAAAAAAAAAAUUAUUGGGGGACAUUUUAAGAUUAAGUAAUGUAACUGGGCAAAGUAACAGGGCUUUUGCUUCCAGUCCCCCAGUAGUAUGUUUUCUCUCGAGCAUGUGUAUGUGUUUGUGAGGUUACGGCCUGAUGCUGCUGUCUUGGCCUAGUCACUCUUGAAAAAGAGCAUUUUUUUACCUCAAGGUUCUUGUGUGGUAAAAUAAAGGUUAAAUCUUGUGACUAGACUUACAUGCUUGUCUCAUAUUGAUGUGUUAGACACUGAAUUUGGUCCAAUCUUGAAACAAUCAUUUAGAAACAACUAGACCAUCUGUAGUCAAAAAUGUUCAGCAAUGGCAAUUAUUUAAUGUUUACAACUUAUUUAUAAGUAUCUUAAAAUGUAAGAAUAUGAAUCAUACAAAAACAUAAAACUUUAAAAGAAUGAACAGAAUCUUGUUAUUAUUGAUAAAUAGCCAAGGUUUUAUUUAGCUUUUUUCUAAAGGCAACUGUCACACAUUUGUAUAUUAUAUGUGGUACUGCAUUCAAACAUGAGCCAAGCAUAAGCCAAGCUAAACCCCUGACUGUUAUUAGAUGUACACGCCUCCAUAUGACUAAACAAAAACUUCUUGGUGGGAAGAAUUUCUCUCAGGGUCUUGAUAAUCAAAAAGUAUGUUAUAUCCUUUCAUUUGCAGAUAGUUAAAUUUAAUUGCUAAAGAGGCUGCUUGUAUAUUUUUAUAAGUUUUGUAAGAAUUAUUUUAGAGUUGUAUAAUUAAUGCAAUAUUUCUAGGACUGCACAUAUAUUGAGGUUUGGAAACUUUUGUCCUCCUGGUGGCCACAUAGGAUAUUUUUCUGAGUAAAGAGAUAGUGGUGGUGAUUUUUUUUUACUCACAUGUUUUAUUUAACUCGUGUGUUAUUUAACUUGGACAUAAAAAAGCAAUUAUUGCCUUGGACAAAUUAUAUCUCAAAGCAGCACAGAAAAAGAUAUUAAAUAGCAUUUACUGUGAUGUGCCUCUGCUGUUGAUUCAACAACACUCAAGUCAUUUGCAGUGGAAAAAGGCAAUUAGCCAUGUGUGUACUGAUCUUAUAACUUGAUUAAUGCAGUGAUGUCUAAAUGCAGAGUACCAAGGGUUUGAAAGGUUUCUGUCAAAGCCCGAUUUGAGAAGUGACAAAGCCAAAUCAAUGCUGGACUAAGUGAAUGGCAUGUGUAGAUAAUGUACAGUUUAGCGUUUGCACUUUCCUUUGAAAGCCUGUGUAGUUGCAGUACUCAAAGCUGUUUCACCAGCUGCACAAAUGCCCGUUGGGGCCUUUACAUGUGACGAGACAAGCUCCUAGAUCUUUUUUUCCAUUUCCCCCCCCUGUGCAUACUAACUGGGCAAAAGAGUAGAAACCUUUAUUCUAAAAUAUAUAUAUAUAUAUAUUUUUUUUAUUAUUUUGGACACCAGAGGUUUUCUCUUACCGGUAAUGAUAAAUUGUAACUGCUGGCAUGAUAAUUUGAAUCUUAAAUAUUCAUCAUUAAUAUUUUUAUUAAUUGAUUGAGACCAAACACUGACAGAAAUUGAUUAUUGUGACUACUAAUAUACUUAUGUAUUUUUUCUACCAAAGAAUUUCAAGUUUAAUAGCUAAAUGAGAAUGAAGCACUGCUUUGCCUUGCUUAUUUAAUGUGUCAGCAGUGCUUCUCUGUUUAUUCUGAUGACCUCAACAGACUUUUAUUUUUCUUUAAUGAAAAUUCAAUGUUAUACUGGAUGUUUUGUGCUGUAACAGACAUGCUUGUGAUAGUAAUUUUAUUUAAUUACCACUCAUCUCUAUUUGGAUAAAUACACUAAGUGGACAUGACCUCAGUGAUGUGUCAUUCUGUAGCAUGCAGUUUUUUCUUGGACUGGAAACAUAAAUUUUCAUUUUAUAGCCUGCUAAGGGAGAACACUGACCUAAAAGAAAGUUCUGCAGCUUUCCAUGGAGCCAAAGAUACUUGAAGUUUUUAAUUGUUUGAUUGUUUUUGUUUUUUAUAUUUUUUUAAUAGAACACAAAUGUGAUUGGAGUCUUUAUGACAUUUCAUGUGUGAUUACCACAAAGCAUUACAAGCAACAAUACAAUUUCAGCCUUAUAAGCCAUGAUUAAGCAUUUAGCAUGAUCUGGGGUAUAGAUAUUGAUCAAAAUAAAUUUCUUGUGAAAAGUAAAUAUUGCAUAACUGACUGAACCUUCAAUUGUUUGUUCAAACCACUUCCCUGUUCUUGCCCUGUCCCUGAGCAGACCCAUCACAAUUACAGCCUGUAACUUUUACCAAUAUUUAAAGGGUAGCGUUAAUAGUAGACAUCUAAUUGAAAAUGUACACUAUAUACGCUUAAAGAGACAAUGCAUGACAUUUUUAUAUGUGUCAGAUAAGUACUUUUUAAACCUUUUUUAAAAAUUAUCAGGACAGACACAAGUACACAAGUUACUGGUUUAAGAAUACAAGCAAAAUAAAAUGAAGCCACUCAAGUGAAAUAAAAUGUGGAAAAACCUGUCAAUUGUUUUUUUACAUUUGCUGUCAAAGAUCUUAAGCAUAUUCACAAAAGUAGUCUACAUACUCAUUUAAAAUAUAUAUUUUGACCAGACAAUAUACCAAAUAUAUCAAUAUCAUCUGCUGAAUUGUAAUGUAUACUAUUUUGUAUUCCAUAUAGGAUA